ACUUCCGGGUGUCAGGACGGCUGGAGGUAAACACAAACAUAUUCCGGCUGCAGCAGCGUGGAGGCAGUCAUGUCUGGUUGCAGCGCCGAGUUGAUCGAUUAUCUGGAGGGUCGGAUCAGUUUCGAAGAGUUCGACCGAAGGAGAGACGAGCGGAAAACAGAGGAGGAACCGGACGAAGCAGCUGAAGACGAUGCUCAGCCUUCCACCUCGACACAAGCUAAAGUCACCAUCGAGGAGGGAAUCAGUCCAGGAGUCCAGCUGGCCUUCGCCUCCAUCCUGGGAGAAACAGCCGAAGCGCCAUCAUCAUCAUCAUCAUCAUCAGAAGAGGAGGAGGAGCAGGAUGAAGAGGAGGACAGCUUGAGCUUCGUGGAUGAUGAAGAUGAUAAAGACUACAGCAUGAAGGAGGAUGAGGAGCCGAAGACAGACACUGAAAAGAGGAGGAGGCGAGGAGGCGGGAGGAGAGCAGGAAGGAGAAGAAGAGGAGUGAAGAGCAGACUGAAGGAGGAGGAGGAAGAGGAGGAAAACAUGGCGGUGGGAGACGUGCUGAAGCUGGAGAUGGAGCUGAACCGAGAGAACAAGAAGCUGAUGAAGGCUCGCCGUCAUGGCAGCAAGCUGCCCCAGGCCCUGCGGGGUCUGAUGGGGGAGGCUAACAUACGCUACGCUCGAGGAGAGCAGGAGGACGCCAUCAUGAUGUGCAUGGAGAUCAUCAGGCAGGCCCCCCUGGCCUACGAGCCUUUCUCCACUCUGGCCAUGAUCUACGAGGACAACAGUGACGUGGACAAAGCUCUGCAGUUUGGACUCAUCGCUGCACACCUGAACCCCUCAGACUGUGAGGAGUGGGUCCGCUUAGCUGACAUGUCUCUGGAGCAGGGCAACGUCCGGCAGGCUAUCAUCUGCUACAGCAAGGCUAUAAAGUACGACCCGACCAACGUGCGCUACCUGUGGGAGCGCUCCAGCCUCCACAUGCGUUUAGGAGAACACAAACAGUGUAUGGACGGGUACCGCCGGAUCCUGUCCCUGCUGCCGCUGGAGGACGGGGAGCAUUUCAUGCAGCUGUCCAAGGACAUGGCUAAGAGUUACUACGAGAGUAACGACCUGACCUCAGCGCUCGGUGUGAUUGAAGAAGCUCUGGAUCGACACCCCAGCUUGGUCAGUGAUGACUUCAUCAACAUGGCCGCCGAGCUCUACAUCUGCAGCCACCAGCACAAACAGGCCCUGCAGGUUUUAGUCAAAUUCACCGGCGUUGUUCUGGUUCGAGCUGAGCCCAGGGCAGAAGUCACGGCGCCGUCCCAACCAGAGACUGAGAAGGAGGAAGAGGACACACCAUCCAACUGCCCAGAGGAGAACGGUGAGGUCAUAGAGGUUCAGGUUCCAGACAGCGUCCCUGUAGACCUGAGGGCCAAGCUAAUCGUCUGUCUCAUCCAGCUGCACGCCCUGGCACCUGUGGAGGGCCUGGUGUCGUCCCUGAUGGAGCAGAGUCCGGAGGAGAUCGGAGACCUGUACCUGGACGUAGGUGAAGCCUACAUCGAACAGGGGAAGUACUUGUCUGCUCUGCCUCUGCUGUCGGCCCUCGUCAUUUCAGAAAAAUACAACCUGGCUGUCGUCUGGCUGCGACAUGCAGAGUGUCUGAACGCUCUGGGACACAUGAAGGAGGCAGCUGAAAGCUACAGUAAGGUAGUGGACAUGGCGCCGCAGCACCUGGAGGCCCGGCUCUCUCUGGCCACCAUACAGCAGCAGCUGGGACGGACGGACCUGGCUCUCAAAGCUCUGGAGUCCAUGUAUGAUACAGACACACUGUCGCAGGACUCGUCCGCUGCACAGAAGGAAUUAAAGCUGCUGCUGCAUCGCUCCACACUGCUGAAAACACAAGGCCAGGUGCAGGAUUACCUGGACUCUGUCAUCACUAUGAUUUCCAUGCUGCUCAAGGUGGCCAUGCAGCGGGCCAAGGUGUGUGUGCGAUCUGUCAGUGUGUCAGGAAAAUAUCACCUGAGGCUGCAGAAGGUCAUAGAUAAUGUGCCUGAGAUCGCAGACCAAGAAACUGCUUACCUGGACAACACAGGUAAAACCAGUGUUUUGUCCAAAGAGGACUGGUGGGAGCUGCUGAUGAACUGCCUGCUGACUCUCUGUGAGGUGAAGAGAUACGAAGAGGCGGAGCUUCUUGUUGAGUCUGCUAUGGAGUUCUACUCUUUCUAUGACAUUAAACCCAAAAGGAAGGAGCUGGAGUUCUUGGGGCUUUCUGCCACUGUCCUCAGCCAUGACCACUACAGGGCCUACAACUACAUCAGAUUGAUGCUUCUGGACAAYGUAAAUCUGCCUCAGCUGUGGAAUAUUUUCAACCAGCUGACCARUAACUCUCAGCACCAGCGCCACCAUCGCUUCUGUCUCCGCAUGCUGCUGAAAAAUCCAGACAACAUCACUUUGUGUGUGCUGUGUGGACAUAACGCCAUGGUGUCGGGCAGCUUCAAACAUGCCCUGGGUCAAUAUGUGCAGGCCCUGAAGUGUCACCCUGAAAACCCGAUGCACAGUCUGUAUGUGGGCCUCACCUUCUUCCACAUGGCCUGUCAGAAGUAUGUAGCUAAACGCCACGCUCUGCUGCUGCAGGGUUUCUCUUUUCUGUGGCGGUACCUGGAGCUGCGAGGAGAGUGUCAGGAGAGCUUCUACAACCUGGGCCGGGCUCUGCACCAGAUGGGCCUCACGCAUUUAGCCAUCCAUUAUUACCAGCGGGCCCUGGCACUGCCGGGUCCAAAACUGGAG